AUGAACGAUGGCUCAGUUAUCGAACUAGAGCACAAGCAAUCGAUUCCUCAACAACGCAAAGCUCAAGCGGAGAAAGGACGGCAGUCUCGCUCACAUACAGAGCGCAGCGGCAAUCAACUGAUCGCAAAAGCGGCAACGGACACCAGAGGCGCGAUGGACGAGGGCUGGCAUGAGAGAAGUCGCGCACGCCUUUUUAACGACAUCGACCAAGUCUAUCAUCGGGUACAGCAAGCAGAGGAAAAAUGUCGCAGGCAAAAGGAGGAAAUUGAAGAGAUUCAUCACGAAGCCUCGAAACUAUUGAUGCAGAAAGAUCAGCACAUUGCUGAGCUUACGAAACGACUGAAUGCCAUGCAAUACCAUCCGGACAUUCUUAAUGAUGACGAAGUCGUUCAAAUUAUGGCCAAUCUCAGCCAAAAGCUGGACGUUUGGGUCAAGGGCAGCUUCAAGGAUCCGAGUCGUCUGCAAAGUCUCCCGCAGCUGGAACCCCUGGAUGUGCCGUACAGUAUGGGAAUUAUCAACAAGCUGCAGAGUAUGCAUCAAAACUGGGCUUUCAUCCGGGCAUUCGUCACCUCAUAUCUCUUCUACUAUUUCUUUGACGUAUACAUGGUCGGAGUCAGGAACGCGGACAUUGAGUAUAGCCUGAUCACCAUGGAGUCGGAGAUUUUUGACAAAUGUCCAGGUCAUGUGGCUGACAACUGGCGCUCAGCAACCAGCAUGGGCAUCCAAUCUGUCACCAAAGGAUAUCUGGACGACGCAGCCAUGAACUGCAUGAGAGGAAUCGAGCAACUCGGCUCCUGCGCAUCUGCUGAUGCCGGAUUGAGAGAAAAGAAGGUAUAUGAACUCUUCCAAAGCUGUGUGGACUUUAAGCGACGCCUCGAGCGACAGUCAGCCCGCUAUAAAUUCUCACAUACCCCCUCGGGCCACAGAUUCAUAUCUAGCACAAUGCAAAGCGUGACGGGACAAGAAGGCGAAGGCGCUGUUGUUGAGCAUUGUCUGUGGCCAGGACUUUGGAAGGGGGACGUUCUCCUCUACCCUGAGACAGUCUGGACUAAGAUGGACGAAGCUUCCGUGAAGGACUCCAGCCCAGGAACAGAAACAGCUCCCGUCCGUCAAGAUGAGGCUGGUGUCUGUAGCCAGGUCCGAGGAUUCUCCCGCAUUUACUUGCAAACCCAUCUUGGCCUUGAAUGA